AUGCGAGAACUACGAGCAUUUCGAAUCAUUAUUUGUUUGUCAUUGGUGAGUAUCAUCUAUGGACAAGAUCUACAAUGGUGUAAUAAUGGACCUAUCACUAUCCCUGAUCCAAAAUGGCGAACUGUUCCAUCACGAUUUGAAAUUAUUACGGAACUGAUUUCAGGAAACGAAAUGAUGGAACUGUCACAAGCAUUUUCUGUUCAACGUGAUGCAAUUGCUACAAGUUCCAAAUAUGGACCAAUACAAUUCUAUUGGAAUUUUGGUACUAAUGAACAAUUUGAGGUUCUAACUGCUAUUGUUAAUCAACAACCAAUACCAACAUGUCUUCGACAAGUCAUUGAACCUACAUCAGAAACCAGUGUUAUACAACCAAAGUCACUUAUGAUCAAACCAUCAAUUUUACUUGGUUUCAAUCAUCGUAAUGAAAAUAAUACUCUUUGGGGUAAUCAAUAUAUUGGUGAUGAAGAUUUACGUGGUAUUCCUACGAAUAAAUUUAAAGCAUGUUUUUAUGUUUCGGAUAUAAAAGCAACUGUAUCAGCAACAUAUUGGGUAUCAGAUGUAACAAAAUUUCAAGCUUAUUUACCAUCAAAUGAAAGUAUUAUAUUACAAAUAGAUGUUCAAAUUAGAAAUGAUGGUGGUCGUCAAGAUCAAUAUAGAUAUAAUGUAUUUCGUUAUACACCAAAUCCUAGUCGGCGUGAAGAACGUCAAGCAUUAGAAACUCCAGCUGGUGUAUAUUGUCCAAAUCGAACAUCGACAUUACCUAUACCAUCAAAUAUUCCUGAACGUGUUAGUUCAAAUUCAGAAGCUCUUAUUCCACAAGCAAAUGCAUCAAUUUUUAGUACACAUGGUCUAUAUGAUACUGAAUUUCAAUUCAGUCGUUUUGAUCUUUGGUUUCCUGAUAAUUUUGGUAGACCACAAUGGCAUCAUUAUACUGAAAUACAUGAUUUUGCAGUUGGUCUCAGCUAUCAAUAUAAUCAUUCAACACGUCACUGUACUGUUCGUGAUAUAAAUCCAGGUUUUAAUGAUGCUGUAACAGUAGAUGGACACCCAAAUGUAUUACAAAUGGGUUCUCCACAACAUUUAUUUUUAAUGGAUGAUAUAACAUAUCAAUAUGCCGGUGAAAAACCAUGUCGUGAUCGUGUUUGGUGUCAUGUAUGGAUUGGUGAAAAUUAUUUACCAAAUGGUACAGUUCAACAUCGAGAAUGGUAUUGGUCAUCAACAAUUAAUGGUGACCCUGUACAACAAUCAACUCCAAUGAAAAUGGUUUUGAAAUCUUAUGUCAAUUCUGUUCCAGUGUAUUCAUUUGAAAUAGCUGUUUUUAAUUUUCGUCGUCGUCCAAUGACAAUCUUCGAAAUUGAUUUUGCAUUAGCCGAUUGUUAUCGAGCUUUAGGUCCAGGCGAAAAUUUUAGUCUUGCUGUUUUAUCAUUUAAAAUAGGAAAUGACAAACAAUAUCCUGUAUUUCAAAAUUUAAAUUAUUUACGUUUACAUAUAUUUGAAACAUUAAUGUUUACAUUAUUUGUACGACCAAUUAGAAUUUCAAAUCUUGUUGUUGAUAAAGAUGAUAAUGAUAUUUUAGUUACAUUUACAUUACUUGAUGUACCACCACGUACAGGACCUGUAGAAAAUCCAUUAAAAGAAGCAUCAUUAGAUAAAUUAAUUGAACGACUUGAUGCUGUUAUUAAUUCAAAUGGUCUUGCUUUUCGUGGUCGAUAUGAUACAAAACAAGUGGUUUUACGUGCACGUAGCAAUUCUCUUAAUGUUGAACAUACAACUGCACGACAAACUAUAUACAAAAGUUCAGGUCCGAAAAUUACUGGACUUUGGAUUGGAUUUAUAAUUGCUGGAUUAGUUAUCGGAGCUAUUGGUGGAUUUUUAAUAUUCGCAAAACUUGCCAAAUAA